CUGCGCUUAAGCGUAGAUCUCAAUAACAUCCACCUUGACAAGUUUAUGGAUAAACCUGUAGUGGGUCGCUCAUCCGUAUGUUAUUUUAAUCAGCGGGACAGCGGAGUUCCGCGGAUCAAGCGGCAGGUCGUCACAAGUGUCCCUGCAGCCAAAAUGGCGCUAUGUUUACGUCCCUGCAUAAUCGUGUAUUAUGUUUCCGUGAUUACAAAGCUUGGGAGAUAAUUUUGCCGAACAUUUGACCACAGCAGUAAGCAUUCGCGAAAAACAGUAGAUCUGUGGCAGUACGGUCCACCAGGAGCCAGAAGGAUGCAGGCUGAAGCCUCGGACUCUUCACUGAGAGAGGGCUUGGAGGCUCUGGACGUGCAGGACUCAGAGAAAGCUGCAGCAGACAAAGAGGAACAGUUCAUCUCGAAGCAACGGGACACUGAGGGCACAGCUACGGCAGAGGAGCGCGACACUGCAGCUAAAGAUGAAACAGAUGGAAACAUGGAUGAAGUGGAAGGAAAUAGACAAGCGGAUAAACCUCAGGCAGACACAGGAGCUGGUGCUGAAGCGGGGAAGCAGACUGCAGAAGCAGACGGUGAAUGGGAGCUUCCAUACAGCGACGAGGAAAUAGAAGAACCCAAAAACUGGAUGCCUCCUACUUCUGAGAUCAAAAGACUCUAUGAGCUCCUGGCUAAAGGAGAGAUGUUGCAAUUGAACUUUGUUCCCCUCCCAAGAAGACCCCCCACACCUGAACGCACCCCUUCGCCAGAGAGAGACGAAGAGGAAGAUGCUGUGAAGGAAAGAGAAAGGCAGGAUAAAGAUCGCAAGCCUCUAAGUCCGACUGAGUUUGACUUUGAUGAGGAGCAAAUGCAAUCCACUCCAAAAAAUGCCUUCAUCAACAGACGCAGAACACCAGGAUCUUCUGCUCGCUCUUCUGUGAAAAGAGAAGCACGUCUGGACAAAGUAUUGUCUGACAUGAAGCGCCAUCGAAAAAUUGAGGAGCAGAUAAUGCGCACAGGGCGAGAUCUCUUCAAGACUGAGAAGAAGGUGGAGGAGGCCCUUUCCCCAAACAGCCAGAAGGAGCGGGAGAAGGAGAGGGAAAGAGACAGUAAUCCGAACACCAUCUUCUCCCCAAGGCAGAGGAGAUACUAAAGUAUUUAGAGACGAGGACUUGCCCGCAGGCAAAUGAGGCAGAGAGCUUCUUAAAGCUUUCACAAAACUUGAAUUUUUUUAAUGUAACUAGUUUUGUAUGUUUUAUGUGUUUUUUGUAUAACGGCAAUAAAAAUUUUAACCUUG